UUCAUUGAUUUUUCUGAAAAGUCGUAUUCGUCUUCGUCGAGAUAAGCGAAUGAAAUCCUCGACUGUUACAUGCGAGAUUUUUUUCUCUUACAUUACGUAGAUAACGAUUCACAACCCACCAAUGACAUCCGUAUCAUCUACACCCAAACCUAGAAGAUCUCUAAGAUCAGAAGAUACAAACAAUAUUCACAGCCCACCAAUAACAUCCAUAUCAUCUAAACUCAAAUCUAGAAGAUCUCCAAGAUCAGAAGAUACAAGCAAACACUAUUCCUUAAACAAUAAUUUUCAAAGUUUAGAAAUGGAAAGAAUAAUAUCAAGACAGCAAAAUAUAUCAAAUUCAUCCGAAACUGAAGAAUUAUUUAAAAAUCAAAGUUAUGAAAAUAUACAAGUGACAGAAAGUUCUAGUGAGGAAGACGAAGAGACACUGUCUCUACAUCGUUCACAAAAUCGCUCCAGAACUACCUCUCUAGAAAGAAAUGUUCGUUCACAGAAAAUAAAGUAUGAAAGAGAUACUAAGAAGAAUGAACAGAAUACAAGCAGUAAUCUUUAUCUCUGUAUUUUCAUAUUAGGAUUAGUAGUAGGAAUAAUAUUUUUCAAAUUACCUUUAAACAAUAAAGGACAGUCUAUAAUCCUCAAUAAUCCUUUAUUGUUAACUGAAUCAGUCCAAAACCUCAAAGCAUCAUUUUAUAAUCAAGAAUUAGAUAUCUGGAGUGAUAUUUCAUGUGCUAUAAACGAAGUGAAAUCAGGAACUCCCAAAAUACCUUCAGUAAUUUUGCUGUUUGCAAAGGAAACAACUACAAUGAAUUGUUUAGCUACUAAACUAGCACAUAUAAGCAGUGAUAUUUUGAAUGCAGAUAAUUAUCUGAUAUUUAAUCCAAAAGAUUUUGGAAACGAUGCUGGUGAGAUCAUUACUACAUUAAAUGAACAUUCUCCAGAGAAAAAAAAAGUUGUAAUUAUUCACGAUAUACUGAAUAUUAAUACAGAAGCAAUAAAGGCAUUACAUAAUUUAUGCGAUAGAAUAAAUCCUUUAGUAGCAGAAGCUAUUUACAUUCUUACUAUGCAAACUAACAGUUCUCUGUCACAACAGAAGAAGCUAAACUUUGUAGAAAAUCAGAUUUAUAACCGACUAUCAAAGAGCAUCGAUCAGGAUGUUUUGUUAGCACUUAUAACGCGCAUUACAGAUGGGGUAAUUAUAUCGGUACAACCUGAACCACAAUUAAGAUAUUGCUAAUCUGAAUUGCAAGAAAAUAAGCAUAUAGUUAUAACAGCACAUCGAUGUAGUUAUGUAAAUUACAAAGUUAAAUAUGUUUUUGUAUAAUAAAUAAUAAAAUUGUUAAUUCAAAGCUAGCGCCCUAUGUGCAGUUUGCUAUUCGAAGACUCAUUUAGAAAGGCAGAUUCAUCAAAUUUGUAAUUAUUUAUUUAUUAUUUAUGUCGAGUCACUAACAAAACAGUAUUUUAACGAAAUUAAAAUAAAUCAAGUUAGUUUUUGUUGAUUUUGGAAACUUGAAUGUGAAACUUUGCCUCAUCAUUUUCGAUAAAUGUAAUAGUAAUAAAGUAUAAUUAUGUAUGAACUGUGUUUCUAUUCGUAUUUAAAAAGAGCUAUUAUCAGGAGAUGUGGUGUCUUAAAAGUCAUUACCAUUAUGUAAAAAAAAUAAAACUACUAACGUUCUGUUUAAUUUCAAUUGAUUAAGCCCUUUGUAAAUAUCAAAUUCUAGAACAUAUACAUUUGUUCUUUCUAGAAAUACAGUUUUGGAACGAUUUAGUGACCGCGAGAAAUUUAUAUCUUCCCAUCUCUUGCUGAAUAAGGUUUUCUAUCAUAUCUAUAUCAU